GACAGAUUUUCACUGUUGGCUGCUGGUUUUAAUUUAUGCAACAUCGAAGUUCUUGUUACAGCGAAAACAGCGCAGUGGAAAAUAUUUCUCCUUGAGUUCUCCUUUCACUGUCAAUCUUUAGUCCUAUUCUCUCUCCGUACUCCCAACGCCAUGAUGUUGGAAAUCCCCACGUUUUUAUUAUCACUGAAGUUUCAUAAUCAUACGAUCACGAUCCAUGUAUAGGAGAGAUACCACCGCAGGAGCGCGUACCUGCAGGCCCGUUGGCACGUUAAAGCAUAUCAGUCUCUCUCUCUCUACACACACACACACACACACACACACACACACACACACGCACACACAAAGUGAUGCCACUCUGAACUUUUUUUUUAGCUCGAUGAUGAAAUCCUCAAAUUCCCAUUCCUGUCCCACGCUGCAAUAGCUUUAAUCCACCCACACGCGCAUAAUUUACGCAGACGAAAAUCACUGCAUUUUCGGUCUGUUUUAUUAUCUCCAUGGUGCCACGUUUGCCAGGCGCGCUUGGUUCAAAGUAUUAAAGUGCGCCUCUGUUUGACUGUGUCGGAACGUAGUGAAGCAGGAGGCCGCGCAUUUUCUCUCCCUUUCGUUUUCCACCGCACACUUUACCUCCGGGGCGCCCUUGCGCAAUCGCGACGAGAGCGGCGGAAAGUCUGUGCGUCUCGCUUUCUCACCUCCUCUGUGAUCAGUAAGGGGAGAGGGACGAUGGGGGUGGACAGGGAAACCCAUGACUUCCGUGUUUUUCCUCUCUCUCUCCAGUGUACACUAUAAAAAGGAGUCAUGGUGUCCUCAGUCCACAGACUGAUCUGUGUGAUGUCGAACGGACUACCUUUUUUGGAAUUAAACUAACCGACAACUGGACCUCUAUAACUUUCACAACUUUUGCACCGCAAGUGUUUUAUUCGCUCGUCUCAGAAAGUGCAGUGCUUGGACACUUUCCCUGAAAAUCAGAUAUCACAUUGCGGAUUAAUGGGACAUCAAAAUAAAGAAGUGGACCCCGAGUCUCUCAGGGAACGCCGACAUGGAGGCUGCCUGAGCAUUUUUCUCGUCGUGUCCAUCGCUUUUCUGUUUGUAGCGGUGACAGCGCUGGCUGCUGCCGGGAUGAUGUCUGUGAUGCAGCUGCGGUCCAAACUUGAGUCCUCGCUUCCGAACUCUCCAUAUGGGAUGGCGAAGUCAACAGGAGAUACGUCGCCCCCUGUGUAUAAGAUGCAGAAUGUUGUCUACCUAAGGCCCGAUACAGCCAUCUUGGGUAACAUGACGAUGGAGUGGUCGCCAACAUUCUACGGUGAUGGGGAGACCAUAGGAAGCAACUACAUCUAUGACAAAGCACAGCACUCACUGAAGCCACAACGGGAAGGGAUGUACUUCAUCUACAUUCAGCUCAAUCUCACUUGCACCCACAAAUGCAGUGCUGGCGUCCUCAGCAUAAAUGUGGGCAACAAGCUCACCUGCCACGUGGACCUUCCGGAAAAAAAUAGACCUGUCAGCAAGAAGUGUUGGACUGUCGCACGCCUGGGUGUAGAUAAACUGCUCACUCACAUGACUGUGUCAAAAGCGCUGCCCUACUGGAAACUGGAGUCGACUGGCUCCGAACUGGGGAUGUUCCUUGUGGACUGAUUCGGAUGCUGUUGUGCAGUCGGUGUCAUAUAGAUUCAGACAUGCCUGCGAUCUGUGGCUUGUAACUGAAGAAGAACUUAAGUGUUUUCUUAAAGCCUCAGUUGGUGAAAGUGUAGCGGGCAGGCCCUGGUGCCACACUCAGAGCUACGACAAGAUUUCUGGCAAACACAGGGUGUAAGACAAAGAAGCUUGUUAGGACUUUGUCAGGAGAAGUUGCAAAGUUGCUGCAACAAAAAAACUGGACACGCACCUCAUUCUGUGUCAAUGUGUAUAUAAUGUUUCUCUGUGUAAUAUAUUUAUUUGUGAUAAGGAACUAUUUAACUACCUAUAUUUAUAAUGCAGAUUUCUGUACACAUUUAUUUUGAUGUAGAUUCCACUACAUUAGGAUUGAAGUGCAAUACACUGGGGUUUUAUUCAGCCUUUAUAGCUCUCGUUUCAUCUUAUAGGUGCCGUCAAUUAAAAAAAAAAAAAAAAAGUGUGGUUAUGACACUGCACCCUAAACCACAACAAGCCCCUCUGAGACUGUUUUUAGCUCUACGAUAGUACUGAGUCAUGCGAUUUUUGUACCAAAUAAUGACUUAAAAAGAUUCGUAAGAUUUAAAUGUACUUUUGCAAAAAGGUCUGAUUGAAAACGACCCUGAUGUAACCAACACUGGAUCAGAGUAACUAAAAUGUAUUUAAAUUUGUCGGUCUGGUCACAGACAAUUCAAGUUCAAUGCUGGAGCUAAAGCUAAGAAAAUGUUUUGCUUUUUUAAAGUGGUCUCAGUCCUGUGGACAGACACCUCUCCGUUGAAUGUAUUUUAUUGUAAUCCAUAUUAAACAUGGAUAUGGUAAGAA